UUUACUUGUGAUAUUAAUUAACUUUUGUUCCUAUUAAAUAUUGUAAUGCUAGUUCAGCUAUUGCUCUAGCCAUUGUUAAUGUUAUUAAAUUAAUUUAUUUCUUUGCAAAAAAAAAAAAGACUGUUAAUGAUGUUGCCCCUUUGUAAAAAAAACCCGAUCAUCGCUCUGGGCUGCUCAACUGCUCCGUUCAACUGCUCAACCGCUCAUUCAACUGCUCCGUUCAACUGCUCAACCGCUCAUUCAACUGCUCCGUUCAACUGCUCAACCGCUCAUUCAACUGCUCCGUUCAACUGCUCAACCGCUCAUUCAACUGCUCCGUUCAACUGCUCAACCGCUCAUUCAACUGCUCAACUGCUCCGUUCAUUCUGCUCAUCUGCUCCGUCCAACUGCUCAACCGCUCAUUCAACUGCUCAACUGCUCCGUUCAUUCUGCUCAACUGCUCCGUUCAACAGCUCAACUGCUCUGUUCAAGUGGUCACUUGCUCGGCCACCUAUAUCAGGAUUGAUCGAAGUCUGUUGCAAGUUCGCUGUACUUGCAAGGGGGAGUAUGUUCGAUCCGUUUGAUAAGAAGCGGCCGCCGUCGGUGGUCGCGCUGUGUUGACCACCACGGUAAUCGAAUAGGUAAUGAGUAACCAUGUUCGUGGGCGCUGCGCGCCAGCAGCCGCAAUGUUGGCAACACUACGGGUGACCGUUACCGGCGCUCGGCGCAGGCGAGCUCGGUCGUCCGCGUCACUCUCGUCACUCUUCGUGUUCAACGAGUUCAACACAGCUCCGUGUUUUUCGUCUGCUCUACUCGCUCGCUCGUCGGCCAUUUUUCCCGUUUGGAAGUGCUGUGAAAAAUCGUGAUUUAUCACCUCCGCUCUGUGUUCGCCGAGUAGCCAUUUUCGUGUGGGUAACCAUUUAUUGACUGAAAACUCGUCCAGUCUGUGGUCCAAUAUCUGCAUUGUGAAUUGAACGCGCAUAGCUCCAUAACACGACGGUGUAUACGCUCGUACCCGUGUUCCGAUCCAGCAGCUCCGCAACGUCAGUACAGCAGCUCCGCAUCUACUAUUCAUCAGCUCAAGACAUCAGCCAGGGAGGCAGCUCAGUCGGUGAUCCCCGUUUCCCCCCCUGUAUUAAUAUUGUAAUAUUGUUUCAUAAUUAAUUACCUACUGCUCAUGUGGAACAAUACAUGCGUUUGAUAGUCAGAAA